AUGAUGGACUACUCCUAUGACGAAGACCUGGACGAGAUGUGCCCCGUGUGCGGAGACAAGGUGUCAGGGUAUCACUACGGACUCCUGACCUGCGAGAGCUGCAAGGGCUUCUUCAAGCGCACCGUCCAGAACAACAAGCGUUACACAUGUAUAGAGAACCAGAGCUGCCAGAUUGACAAGACCCAGAGAAAGCGCUGCCCGUACUGUCGCUUCCAAAAAUGCCUCACUGUUGGCAUGAAGCUUGAAGCUGUACGGGCAGAUCGCAUGCGUGGUGGUCGCAACAAGUUUGGUCCAAUGUACAAGCGUGACCGUGCCCUUAAGCAGCAAAAGAAGGCGCUGAUCCGAGCAAACGGCCUGAAGAUCGAAGCCAUGAGCCAGGUGAUGCAAGCUGUACCCACUGACCUCACUAUCUCCUCAGCCAUUCAGAACAUCCACUCAGCAGCUUCCAAGGGCCUCCCACUGAGCCAUCACGCCGGCCACCACGCUGGUCACCACCACCACCACCACCACCACCAUCAUCAUGCUACUGCCCUGCCCCCCACAGACUACGACCGCAGCCCAUUUGUCACUUCGCCAGUCAGUAUGGCAAUGCCACCACAUGCCGGUAGUCUCCAGGGCUACCAGACGGCCUACGGACACUUCCAGGGUACACGCACCAUCAAAUCUGAGUACCCAGACCCUUACACCAGCUCACCAGAGUCCAUCAUGGGCUAUGCUUAUGUUGACGCCUACCAAUCAGGUUCACCACCCAGCUUUCCCCAUCUGAUUGUAGAGCUACUAAAGUGUGAGCCUGACGAGCCGCAGGUUCAGGCUAAGAUCCUGGCCUAUCUACAGCAGGAGCAGGCCAGCCGGGGCAAGCAUGAGAAGCUGAACACGUUCGGCCUCAUGUGCAAGAUGGCCGACCAAACACUCUUCUCCAUUGUGGAAUGGGCACGCAGCAGCAUUUUCUUCCGCGAACUAAAGGAAUGGCAAAAGCAGAACUGA